AUGGACCGGCUCCCGGAGAGUAUAAAUUUCGCCGGUGAAGAGCGGAAGGUUUUGGAGUAUUGGAAAAAACUCGGCGUCUUCAAAAACUGUCUCAGACAGUCUAAAGGGAGACCUAGGUUCACUUUCUACGAUGGACCUCCGUUCGCGACCGGCUUACCGCAUUACGGUCAUUUGCUGACGGGGACCAUCAAAGACAUAAUACCGAGGUUCGCGCAUCAGAGUGGUUUCCAUGUCGAGCGGAGGUUCGGAUGGGAUUGCCAUGGUCUCCCUGUAGAAUUCGAGAUCGAUAAGUUGUUGGGUGUCAAGGGACCCGAGGAUGUGGCUAAGCUGGGCAUCGAGAACUACAACAAGGAAUGCCGUAAGAUCGUGAUGAGAUACUCAGAGGAGUGGGAGUCGACUGUUACCCGGAUGGGGCGAUGGAUCGAUUUCGAAAACGAUUACAAGACAAUGUAUCCCUGGUUCAUGGAAAGCGUGUGGUGGGUUUUCGAGCAGCUCUACAACCAAGGCUUCAUCUACAAAGGUGUCAAAGUCAUGCCCUAUUCGCCGACCUGCAAUACACCGUUGUCGAACUUCGAAGCUGGUCAGAACUACAAAGAAGUCGUCGAUCCUGCCAUCACGGUGACCUUUCCCUUGGACGAGGAUCCGAAAGUGUCUCUCGUCGCGUGGACGACCACCCCGUGGACCCUGCCGAGUAAUGUUGCACUUUGCGUCAAUCCAGAGCUCAUCUACGUCACGGUACAAGAUACAUCGUCGGGGGCGCUGUAUAUCAUGAUGAAAAGUCGGCUGUCGCAAGUCUUCAAAACUGAGGAUGCCUACAAAAUCCUCCGGGAAUUCAAAGGCAUAGAGCUCAAAGGCAAAUCGUACAAACCUAUCCUGCCCUACUUUGAGAAGCUCAAGGCGAAGGGUUCAUUCCGAGUGCUGUGUGACGGCUACGUCACAUCGGAAAGUGGUACCGGAGUCGUACAUCAAGCACCAUACUUCGGAGAAGACGAUUACCGGGUCUGCCUUCUCAACGGAGUGAUCACCAAAGAUCAGGAUAUCGUUUGCCCAUUAGAUGCGGCCGGACGAUUUGUAGAUCCGGUCAGCGAUUUCAAAGGGCUUUACGUCAAGGACGCGGACAAAAGCAUAAUUGCGAAAUUGAAGAAAGACGGACGUUUGGUUCAAGCAGCGACAACGAAACACAAUUAUCCUUUCUGUUGGAGGUCGGAUACGCCGCUCAUUUACCGGGCCAUCCCUUCUUGGUUCGUUCGAGUCGAACACAUGAAGGAGAGAUUACUCGCCAGUAAUUCCGAAACAUACUGGGUUCCUGAGUUCGUCAAGGAAAAACGAUUCGGAAACUGGCUUCGCGAUGCCCGAGACUGGGCCAUUUCAAGAAACAGAUAUUGGGGAACUCCCAUACCGCUGUGGAUAUCGGACGACGGCGAGGAAAUGGUCUGUGUCGGCUCUAUCGGGGAGCUCGAAAAACUCUCCGGUCAGAAAAUCACCGAUAUCCAUCGAGAGUUCGUCGACAAGAUCGAGCUGCCCUCAGUAAGAGGCAAGGGGACUCUGAAGAGAGUUCCGGAGGUUUUCGACUGUUGGUUCGAGUCUGGUUCGAUGCCCUACGCGCAACAACAUUAUCCGUUCGAGAAUAAGAAAGAGUUCGAAGACGCGUUCCCCGCCGAUUUCAUCGCUGAAGGAGUCGAUCAGACCCGCGGAUGGUUCUACACGCUCAUGGUCCUGUCGACGGCUCUCUUCGACAAGCCCCCGUUCAAAAAUCUGAUCUGCAGUGGUCUCGUCCUAGCGAGCGAUGGCCAGAAAAUGUCGAAGCGGAAGAAAAAUUAUCCGGACCCCCUGAAGGUUAUUGACACGUACGGCGCCGAUGCCCUGAGACUUUACAUGAUAAACUCGCCGAUCGUCCGGGCCGAGAACCUUCGUUUCAAGGAAGAAGGUGUCAGAGACGUGCUCAAAGAUGUGCUCCUGCCGUGGUACAACGCGCUCAGGUUCCUCUUGCAAAACAUAGAUCUGUUCGAGAAGAACUUCAAGACGUCUUUCGUUUUCGAGGAACCAAAAGGGGUAGAGAACACCAUGGAUAAAUGGAUUCUUUCGUAUGCCAACAGCCUGGUAACGUUCCUGAAGACCGAGAUGAAAGCUUACAGACUUUACACAGUGGUUCCUCGACUACUGAAAUUCAUCGACAACCUCACCAACUGGUAUGUGCGGAUGAAUCGCAAACGGCUCAAGGGCGAUGGCGGCAGGCAGGACUGUCUACAGAGCUUGCAGACGCUUUUUUCGGUGAUUUUCGUUCUGAACCGUCUCAUGGCUUCGUUCACGCCUUUCAUCACUGAAUUCAUGUACCAGUGCAUGAAGCAGUACGUCCCCAAGAACUUGAGCCAGGAUUCGAUUCAUUACAUGAUGCUCCCCGAAACCGAUGAGUCUCUGAUCGACGACGCCGUCGAACGUCGAGUGACGCGGAUGCAAAGCGUCAUCGAGCUCGGUCGGGUUCUGAGAGAUCGAAAAACGCUCCCGCUGAAAUACCCAUUGAUGGAAGUCGUCGUGAUCCAAAGAGAACGAGAAUACCUGGAUGAUCUGAGGGUGAUGGAGAAUUAUAUUCUCGAGGAACUCAACGUCAGGAAAUUAACAGCCAGUAGUGACAAACAAGCCUUCGGUGUUUCAAUGAAGGCCGAACCCAAUAUCAAAACUCUCGGCCUGCGUCUGCGAGGGAAAUCCAAAGAAGUCGGAGACGGAAUCCGAGCUCUUAGCGACGCUGAAAUCGAAGCUUAUCUCAAGGGUGAAACGCUGAGAGUUCGCGGCGAGGAGCUGCAGGCCGGAGACGUCCAGAUUCGGGUUCAGUAUUCGGGAGAAAAUCUGGACAAGUACGAGGCUCAUUCAGAGGGCGAUGUUCUUGUUCUGCUCGAUGUGCAACCCGACGAAGAAAUGAUGAACGAAGGCAUCGCGAGAGAAAUAAUCAACCGCAUUCAGAAGAUGCGUAAAAAAGCACAUCUGGUACCUACUGAUCCCGUCGCUGUUUUCGUUAGUGCGAAACCCGAGAAUGGUGAUAUCGCGAGAAUGCUCAAGUCCCACUACGAUUUCAUUAAGAACGUGUUGAGAACUCCUUUGUCGGUCGGUCCCGCUGACGCAUCUUUGGAACUCAUAGAGAGGGGAAAGGAGACCAUCAAGGACAGUGAAUUGACCAUUACGUUCUGCUUACCUGCGGGUGCCCGAAGGAGAGAAGAUGCGAAACCCGUCCCGGUUUCCUCAGGCAGCAAAAUCAACGUGAGCGACGGUAUUUCCGUUAGAUACGCCAACGUGGAAUUCAAUGGAAAGAAGGGCACGGUCCCCUUAGAGAACCCAGCAUCGAAUUCCGUCGACACCAAAUGGCUCACGAAAUUGUUGUUCGACGCAGAGCUAUCGAAGCUGAACUCCUCGAAAGAUAAACCGUGGUGUCCAUUCGUGAACGUUCAUGUAGAUGGCAGGAGAGGCGUCCUCUUCCUAGAGAAUCCAAUUGGUGAACGUAGGCUGGCUUAUGGAGAUCUUCAAGAAGCUAUCCGAACGGUUUUCAAAAUUUCGAUGUUCAGAGCUAUUGAAAUAUUUGUUGACGACGCAUUGACGCUUCCUUUCCGCGCGGAGCAUCUUGUGAACGGUAGCAACAUCCAUGUGAAGGUUAUUUAUAAAUGA